UUUAUUCAUGAAACGGAAAGCUACGGUGCCACACACGCGCGGAAUGAUACAGUAAUAGGUUGUACAUCGCCCUAAUCUUUCACACGGCACGGUUCGGUUCGUUUAGAUUCAAUCGCGUCAAAAGUGAUAAAUUCGUAGUUUUGUGUCUAAUUUUACGUGUCGAGUGGCUACCAUUUGUCACUGCGUAGUUGCAGUUCAUCGUCAACGUCGUCGUCUUUUACCAACUAUAAGAGCAGAUAUGUGCGUGUUUGUGUGUACACUUUGGUCUGCAUAUAUGCGAUUUCACCUAAUAGUGUUGUAGAAGCAAACAUUCCAUGUUGGAUUAAUUGGAAAAAGUGAUAGUUUAAUCAAAUAAUUCAUACAAUUUGUGAUCCCUGAUGGAACAGUAUUGGGUACUGUUUGACACAUUUGCAGCUGUACCCGGUUUAAUAAAAAUUCAGGAAUGUGCAAUCCCGCAGUACGUUGUCGAACACCGACAACAUUUUUAUUACCAUUAAUGUUGCUGGACUGGUAAGGCAGAGGUGAAGCAGUAGUGGAGCAACUAGCUGGAUGGUCACGGACAUUGUACCACCUAACUACGGGUAAUGCAAAAAGAGAGUUUGGUUGCAUGAAAAUGUAAAAAAAGAAUACGUGUGUGCUUUUCACCGUGGUAAAUGAUACCUCCUCAUGUGCAGUUCCUACUACUCGUCGAAGGGGUGGUCCGCUUUGUUCCAGCGAAACGAGAGCUGCUUUCAGCGAAAUACAAGAAUCGCGGCUUUGGAUAUCAACAAAGUACAUGCUGGAGUACAAGUAGCUCUAUCAACCACCACCGCAGCAGUGAAUCUAUGCUAAUGACGAGUGAUCAUGAAAACUGCAAUGAUGUAGAACGUGAGUCCGCAAAAUGUGCAUAUCCAAAGUGCAACCACAGCUUCAGUAGUGGCAGCAGCAAGUGGUAUCGCUGCACCCGGGCAGUGUUUGUGUGAAUUCAGAAAAUUAUUCGUACGAGCUAGCAGCAAAAGGCAGAACCAGUUUUUCUCCGCUGCAUUAUCAAUUUUCUUCUCGCGGUCCGCGUGUGUAGCAGAAAUUUAUAUACACAACAAAGUUUUUUUUAUUACGUUUCGUCUCUCCAAACAUACGAUUUGUGUGUUUGUUUCGGUUAUGUGUUUUAUUGGUGUAUGUGGCAGUGUACGUGUCCGUUCGCUAUCAUAACGCGUAACAUUUCUCGAAGUGGUUUCUAAGUGAUUGCGAGAAACUAACGAUAAAUGACUGAUCGAAAAUUGCCAAUUAGUCUGUCGGACCACAGCGAGUUCGGAAUCAAUCACGGAGCUGGCACCAUCAUCGGUGGUGGCGUUGGAAGCGGUAGCAGCAUUGGUCUGGCAGUAGGAGUUGGAUCAAUUGGUUUGCCGGGAGUAGUAGGGGUUGGUGGCCUCGGUGGGUCUUCGGUGGCGUCAGUGACCGGAGGAGGCAGCAGUGGAAAUGUCAGCAACAAGCAUGCCAUCGCACGUCUGAAGCACACCAAUUCCCUAACGGCCGGCAUUCCACCUGAACUGUAUGAUAAGGGUAACCGCCUGUCACAUUCUAGCGAUACCAGCCAGACAGAUACGAUGACGUCCGUUACGAGUUCCUCGCUCGACUCGGACGAGGUUGACCUGUCCGGUCUGGUCGAAUCGGUUGUCGAUUCCGACGAGGAAGACAUUGCCGAAAGCAUAGAUAGCAUGAGUGUUCGAGAUACCGUGCGAGAGUGCUUGGAAAAGGAUCCAAGCGAUCGUACGGUGGAUGAUAUUGAGAUACUACUCGAGUUCACGCAGAAACUAAAGGCGUUCACGAACAUGACAUUUGCCGUCCGGCGGGCACUCUGCUCAGUGAUGGUAUUCGCUGUGGUUGAAAAGGCUGGAACCAUAGUGAUGAAUGAUGGAGAGGAAUUGGAUUCGUGGAGCGUUCUGAUCAAUGGACACGUGGAGAUUGAGCAUGCCAAUGGUGAAAUAGAAUAUCUGCAUAUAGGAGAUAGUUUUGGAAUCAUGCCGACGAUGGACAAGCUGUACCAUCGGGGAAUUAUGCGGACCAAAUGUGACGAUUGUCAGUUUGUGUGUAUCACGCAGACAGAUUACUAUCGGAUACAGCACCAAGGAGAAGACAAUAUUAGGAAAAUUGAAGAUAAUGGUCAGGUAGUAAUGGUAACGGAAUUAAGAAAUAGCACAGGGGAAAAUGGAUCUAGAAAAGGGUACGUGGUCAUCCGGGGUACGGUGGAACGGUUAACGCAGCAGCUGGUCGAAGAUACAACUCAAACUGAUCCUUACUACGUGGAAGAUUUUCUUUUGACUUUCCGAACGUUUAUCAGUGAUCCGAUUGAUGUGUCCAAGCAACUACUAAAGUGGUUCAAUGUAGAUGGUUUAGACGAUGGCAGUGAGCUUGUAGAUGCAAUACACCAGGCUUCGGCGAACGAUAUUUGUGAUCGUGUAACGAGAGUUGUUCUACUGUGGGUAAAUAAUCAUUUUACAGAUUUUGACACGGAUCCACAGAUGAUGGAGUUUCUGGAGAUUUUUGAAUCUGCCCUAGAAAAGAAAAACAUGUUAGAGCAGUUGAGGCUACUGCAUGUUUAUGCCCAGCACAAUGCUAGAGAACGAAAUGUUACCUUAGCUAGAAGCUCGCGAGAUGAGGAUUUGAAUUUUCAAAUAUCUGGGGGCAUAGGUGGGAUUUUUAUCACAAAGGUCGAACCAAAGACUAAAGCCUACGACGUAGGUUUGAAAAGGGGAGAUCAAAUACUUGAAGUUAAUGGACAAAACUUUGAACACAUCACUUGUGCACGAGCGUUGGAACUGUUAAUGGGAACUACACACCUAAGCAUAACCAUUAAGAGUAAUCUUUGGGCGUUUAAAGGAAUGCUUUCAAGUGCCGAUGGAGAUUCCAGUAAGCUAAAGAUAGAUCUGAAAAAAGGUUUACGGGCGGAUUUACUGCAAUCGCAAAAAUCGAUAGAUCUAGUAGACAAAGCUGGUUUGUUGCCAACACCCCAGUUCCUCAUGCCACUGCCGGUGCGAGAUGACUAUGGACGAAAAGAUUCGGGAGCCUCCACACCAUCUUCGUCACAUAUGAACAACAACAAGGGAAGUUUCAUGACCCUGGGUGGUAAGAAACGGCUACAGAAAGCUCUGAUUAAAAUGAAUCUGCUUCCAAAGAACAUAGUUUUCCAGGACGAUAGCAUCAACAACAAUAACAGUUGUAACAAUAAUAGCAAUUACGAUAGCAGCGAUCGGUCGUCCGGAAUCAGCGUGAAUUUCUCCUCGCAAGCUUCAUCUAUUUCGACUUCUUCGAUAACGACGGCUGAUUCGGAUGAGACACCACCAACAUCCACCUAUCAAAGCAAUUCCGAUCUGAGGGAGCAUCCACAAACACCCGCUAAGGCGCUGUCAAUAGAGGCAAUCAUUCCAAAAAGUGGCACUCUUUACUAUGAGGAACUACGUGCCAGCGAUUAUCCUGAACACAUUCUCAAAGUAUACAAGUCAGAUCAGACCUGCAAGUAUCUGCUGGUUCACAAGGAGACCACAGCCCAUGAAGUAGUGAUGUUAGCCUUGCAGGAGUUUGGAAUUCACGAUCCAAGCUCGAAUUUUUCACUUUGUGAGGUGAGUGUUGGUGAAGGCGGAAUGAUUAAGCAAAGGCGGCUGCCAGAUCAGUUGCAAAACCUUGCUGAACGGAUUGGAUUAAGUUCGAGGUAUUAUCUGAAAACUAAUGGAAUCACUGAAACACUGGUACCUGACGAUGUCGCUCCGGAGCUAAUCCGUGAAAGUGCCGUUCAUUUUCUUCAGCUUAAUGCGAAUGAAUUGGCAAUUCAGUUAACGUUACAAGAUUUCGCUAUCUUUCGGCAAAUCGAAUCCACCGAAUAUAUCGAUGACUUAUUUACAUUGAAAAGCCGUUACGGUAAGCCUAUGCUGGUGAAAUUUUCCGAGCUAGUAAAUAGGGAAAUGUUCUGGGUUGUCACCGAAGUGUGCAGUGAGCAUAAUAUGAUGCGAAGAUGUAAGAUUAUUAAACAGUUCAUCAAAAUCGCUAGGCACUGCAAGGAAUGUAAAAAUUUCAACAGUUUGUUUGCGAUCAUCAGUGGACUAGGUCAUGCGGCAGUUUCAAGACUGCGGCAAUCCUGGGAAAAGCUGCCAUCCAAAUAUCAAAAACUUUUUAAUGACCUUCAAGAACUGAUGGAUCCUUCGCGAAACAUGUCGAAGUACCGUCAACUAAUACAAACUGAACUCAAUGCUCAGCAUCCCGUCAUUCCUUUUUAUCCAGUGGUGAAAAAGGACCUCACAUUCAUUCACUUAGGCAACGAUUCCAAAAUCGAUAGCCUGAUCAAUUUCGAAAAAUUGCGCAUGAUUUCCAAGGAAGUUCGUACCUUGCUACAAAUGUGCAAUUCACCCUAUGAUAUCCUUACAAUGCUGGAACUAAAAUGCCAACCGCCGAGUUCAGCUAUGGUUGCACUAAACCAGAUGUCGGUGCCUUCCAGUGGUAAUCUGAUGAUGCCUCCACCUCCCGCUGUUCACAGUCAAACGGUGAAGCGCAGGAAAAAAUCAACAGCAGCUCCCAAUCCGAAGAAGAUGUUUGAAGAAGCUCAGAUGGUUCGAAGGGUGAAGGCGUAUCUCAACAACAUGAAAGUCACAACCGACGAAGAUGAGUUGCACAAACUUUCACUAGAAUGUGAACAACAAGGAGGAAGCACACCAAACAACGUUCAGGUGAGAAAACGAUAUCCAUCUCCUACGUUAUCUACAACUUCAAGUACCAGCUCGACCAGUGAGGGCAAGAAAGGAGCUCUUGGUCUAGGGAUGAGCAGUCUUUCAAUAGGCAGCUCUGGCAGUGGCAACAGUGGUGCACCAAAAUUUGGCGCCGCAUCACCACAGGCAGUCAAAAAAUUACUUUCGCUUUCGGAACAAACCAAAACUCGACCACAUCAACCACGACAUCCAUCGGUAGGCGCUGCACUCCCGGCCUCGCUGAACAACAUUCACCAUCAUAAUCAGCUCGCGCUUCAUAACAAUUUGUCUCAUUACCACCACGCUCAUCAUACACCGUAUCAUCAUCACGCCGGAAUCUCGAUAAGUCCUUCGCACGUGUCCAGCGGUAGCCAAUGUUGUGUUGGCACUGGCACUGGCGGAGGAACUGGCUCAGGCAUUGGAAUGUCCCAUCCGUAUCCCAGUACUCAUCCAAGCUAUGCGGUUUCCAGUGGGUUACAUCUAUCCAACAUGCAUCCCAAUCCACCAAACUAUAACACAACCAUGUCGAUGUAUUCCAACGGGCGUCCGGCGGUUAUGUCCAGCCGGAUAUUGGAGAGUUCCGUGGACUCCACUAGUCAACUGCCGCCGCCGAUGGAACUACCACCGGAAAGCAGCUCAUUCCGAAGUCCACCAAACUACGCACAAGCCGCCCAUCGACGCAUCAGUGGCAACAAUACAAUCUUGCCGUCGUUCCCCGCACCCCAUCAGAAUUUCGGAUCAUCUUCUCGGAUUAUCGCUGCCGUCGGUAUAUCACCUAUCACACCAAACUACGCUCCAACGGUAGUGAAUUCGUUAUCACCCAUGUACACCACCAAUCCCGGUCCAGGCAGUGGCACCGUCGUAUCCGGAACCAACAGCAAUCUUCCACCGGCCAUUCCCGCUCGAAUGCAUGAAUCGAGCGGAGUGUCACAUACGAUUGAAUCGGUACAACCACCGCCGACGUUGCCACCUAGUUUAGACUUGUCGGUGGAGAGCAGCUCAGUGACAGUAAUCAGCAAUACCGCACCUGAGCUUGAAACUUCUGUGGAUGAUGACUGCGAUUCAGUCGAAUGUGACGUCACUGAAACGUUGUCCACCGACGUGUAAAUGCCAAAUAUCUACGCAUUUGCAGCAAAUGCAAGCGAUGAUGCCAAUAUUUACUAUUUGUUAAAAUUAAACUGUUGGUGUACACAAAACUCGAGCAAAUUGUUGUCAAUUUAUGUAUGGGUGUAUCAAGUAUUGAAACAUUAAGGCUCCAGUUAUCUCCGAUAUCGCCAAUCGUCAUUUACGACGGACUUUUUAUUGUUUGAAUCCGACGCAAAUCUGUACACAAGCAAUGAGAUAUCAAUUCGUCGAUGCUAUUUUCCAAAGACUGGUGAAAUGAAAGUGCCCUAUUCCAUUCCAAGACUGAUAACUAAAAAAAGCAAAGAUGACAGUUGAUAUGCAGUAAUACUGCGCUGGGAUGUGUUGCGAAUUUAAGAAAAAUGGAAAAUUUGGAAUUUCGCAUUCACGCGAGUGCAGUCAACACUGUCAUCGUUUACUAAAUUGGAAUUUCAUUAAUACACUGGGUUAUCGAUCGUUUGACGAAUUUUCUCAUAAACUUUUGGUAGUCUACUUAGGUGACAGAUUUUUGUGAUUAAGCGGUAAAGAAUUAUUUUCGCUGAAUUUUUUUUAUUUUUUGUUCAAAUUUUAUUGCAUAUACUGAUUACUACCAAGCUUUCCGAACUCAUCGACAUAAAAUUUUACAACUGCUAUCCGGGGUUGACCAAAAACAGCCAAAUAUGGUUAAUUUCAUCCUGGCCCCUAAUAGGGAUUUAAAAAAUAUUACUAUGGAUCUAUAACUCGAAAAUAUUUUUUUAAUUUUAAAUAUUGGGUCAGUGUAAAAAUUCUUUUCAUAAAAGAAAUGUGUCCAGACGUACACAGCCCAUAAUCGCAAGCCAGUCCCAUGUUCCAAGGGUUUCCCUAUCUACAUGGGACUGACUUGCGAUUAUAGGCAGUACAUGUGGCGUUUAGAAACCCAACACAGUUGAGAUGAUACAGUAUAAUCGACUUACCAACAACACAAUGUUCUCCUUUAACGAAAUGUUGUUAUUCAAGAAGUCCUAAGUACAAAACCUCUUUGUUUACUUACUCCUCCGUUAGUAAGCAACUCAGUUUGGCACUUAACACAGGUUUCCUACCGCAUUGAUUUCCACUAUGUUUAUUGUGUGCGCCGCUGCGCCACGCCGCCGCCGCCACCAUUGAUUUUAGCUAACGGCGUCACACCGAUACGCUGCCGCCGUUGGUCGAAAUCGCACCAACUCCGCCGAUAACGAUAUUUUUCAUCGGCGCACACCUCUAGUUAUUCUCAUGCAGGUAAUAUUUCGAAGAGCCAUGAAUAUCUGGAUUUGCAGUGAAAUGUUCUUUAUCAGGUUCCCUAGAGCUUUUGCUGUUUCUAUAAUGUGCUAUUUGAACCGGAUUUCUAAUGCUCUUUUGGUUUGUCCAAUAUAAACAUUAUGGCAAUGUGGACAAGGUAUUUUUUAUACCCCGGUUUUCUCAGUUUCUAUCGAAUCCUUUGUGAAUCCUAGUGUUGAUUUUAGUUGGUACUUUUUAACAUUUUUAACAUUUGGUUCUAAGUAGAUAAGUCGUAUUUUUGUUGGAAUCCUUUUUAAAUUUUCAGUUGUUGGAGUUAAGGUAGCAAGAGUUUGCUUGUUAAGUAUUUUAGAUUUUUUAUGAAUUAUUGAUUGGACUAUCCAAUCAUUGCUCUGGAUACCCGUUGCUUACCCAUUUCAAAAAUAAAUUCUGUUUCUUUAAUUUUUGCUUCUUCUAAUUAUAAACUGAUCAUUCUAUGAGCCACGUGAUUAAAAGCAGGCAUUCUAUGCUGAUAAGAAUGGUUACAAGUAGUUGGUAUAAUUCUUUCGGUAUUUGUAAGUUUCCAAUAUAUUUCGAAAGUCAAGGACCCUCCCUUUCUCUUUGCAAGAACAUCCAAAAAGGGUAAUUUGUUAUCUUUCUCUUCUUUAUGUGUAAACUAGAUAUUUUUAUGGAUGUUGUUAAUGGUUUCCAUCAUCCGAACUACAUUUUUACGUUUGAUAAUGCAGAAGAUAUCAUCAACGUAUCUCCUUAAUAUAAGAUCUUAUUUUAUUUUUCCAUAGAUUGUUGCUAUUUUGUUGUAGUAACCUCUAAUAAGUUAAUUGAAUCUCUAACAGGAACAUUUGGGAAUAAGUCGGUUACUUCAAAGAAGGCCAUGACUUCAUCAUCUUUGAUUUCACCUGUGUUCUGAAGUCGGAAAGUUAAUUCUUGUGUAUUGCUGACGGAAUGGCUGGAAAUUUGUUUGGCAUAUUUUGAAAUUUCUGUUUCAGCCUUUUGCAAUUUUUUGGAUUAGGGUACCUAUUGAUGAAAUAAUUUCUCUUGUUUCAUUACCGGGUUUAUGAAUUGCUGAGAGUCCCUGCAUUCGGGGUAAGACGGGGUUUGAAACUUUGAGAUGAGUCUCCCCCAAGAUGCGUUUGCAGUCUUUAUAAGUUUUUUCAGUACGUUUGAUUAUCCCCGGGAUGGGGUUUCUUUUUCUGUCCCAUGUAUGGGGCUGAUACAAUUUUAGGGCCAUGUCAGCAUCAUAUUGUUCUAUGUCCAUUAUUACUACUUUAUUUCCCUUGCGGCUGGUAUUUUUCGUGUAUACUAAUGGAAACCUGGUCAAGUGAGCACAACAAAUUUAUUAGCCCAAGGAAAAAAAUGUGAGGUUGCCUAUGUAUCUUUGAACGAAGAGAACAGUCGAAUACAACGUACCCUUAUUCAUCCUUCCAUUUGAGAUAGUGCGUUGAAUAGAUAUAGCAGAUACUACUCAAAUGGAUGGGAUGAAUCGAGGUGCUAAGAUGAAUUAGGUCACGGUAACCGUACCUAGGAAACCGUUUUCAAAUGAUAGAACACUAUCUUAAUUUUUAUCGCUGUCUUUCUUCCAGCAUCUAUUUUGAUUCGUUAUUGCAAGCUCCUUUCGUUCAAUUAGGUUCUUUACUGACACAGUUAACCUCAUUUUUAUUGACAGUUCACUAGUACUGUUUACAUGGACUUAGAAUUUUUCUAAGUCCAUGUAAACAGUACAAGCGAACUACAAGAAAUGGACACUCGAGUUCAUUUGUGACGUCACCGUAAUGUAUUCAAUAAUCUGAAGUGAAUUGAAUGAACGCGUGGUUGCUUCGUUUGCUGUUUUCGGUAGCCUUAUUGGAUACUGAAGACACGGGUCAUUCAAUGAUCUUUGAAUAUUUGUAAUUUGGAUAAUAUCAUUUCAAAUGUAUUCAGUAAAUUUUAAUAAAAGUAUGUUUUCACAAAAUUAAAAGGUAUCCCUUUCUGACAAGAGAAAUCGUCAGUUUUAUUGGGUCGUAAUUUUUUCUCGUGCUAUUUAUGGAGAUAAGAUGUAAAUGGGAUAAGCUUCUUCUCACGUGAGUGAGUGGAAAUUACGAUACCUACUCUUGAUCUAUGAACUAGACACUAUCUACCUGUUUUUAAUGCGUUAAAAGUUUCUAUUUAAGUUGAUGAGUUACGGAAAAGCGUAGUAAUUAUGUAUUUUUAUUUGUCAAGCAGAUUAUUUAAUGUUCCUGAAUAGAACUCGAAAAAUACUCCAAAGAAGAUGAUCGUAUGUAGGAAAGAUGAUCGUAUGUAGGAGAAGGAAUGUAAUGUAGAAGAUUGAUGUUAACCCUGUCAUAGUUCUUAAGAUCUACAUCUACAGUUAAUAAACCAGGAACUUGUGCAGCAUAGAAAAUAAGAUUUUUUACCUUUUUCAACAUUUUACAUGUUAGCAUUGAUCUCAAAAGUGUGUUCAAAUAACAAUAUCAAAAUAAACCUGUUAGGCAUAUUUUCUAUCAAAUUUUCACUUUAAUCAACGGAAAGCGCUCCUCAAUUUUCUCAAAUUUGUAGUUUUAAGAUGGAAAAAAUCAGUUUUCAAUUUUUUUGCAAUAGAGAAAGUGUUAGUCUAUAACACAAUUUUCAUAUAAUAAUACAAGAUUUGAACAAUACUUUCCUAAAUCUUCAUUGCAAAAUAUUGAAAAUUGGGAAAGUGACGGUAAAUCUCCGGACUCACCUUGAAAAAUGCGGCGUAUACCAAACUCGAAAUCUACUGAACCAAGUUUUGAAAUUUUGCACAUUUCUUCUUCACACCAUUCUUUAGGUACCGUAAACCGGGGUGACUUUGAUCAUCCGGGUGACUGAUCACUCGAAACUUUUUUGGCAGAUCGCUUAUUAAACCAGAAUAGUCUACCGAAUCAUUUUAAUUUGAAAUGAUUUUUACUCUAAACUUAUAAAAUACUGAUUUGUUAUACUUUUUGAGUAUAUUGUUCGGUUUUAGGGUACAAAAACUACAAAAAACCGAAAUUUGACUUUACCUUAUUUUCAAGAAGCUUCGUAAAGUGUCUUUUUUUUAUAAAACAAAUAAAUCUCAGAUUUGAGCAAGAGUAAUAAAUUACAAGCGUUUUUAUUUUCCUUUAGAGUGGGAUGUGCCAAAUUUACUUUUAAGAGUUUAUUUAUUUAAAAUACAUUUUUUUGUGAAAUUAGUUGGAAAUUAUUUAAAAUUA